AUGAAGUCUCUUACCUACAUCUCCGCCGCCCUGACGGCCCUCAUCAACACUGCGGCUGCCGUUACUGGUGCCGCCGAGGGUUUCGCAAAGGGCGUUACCGGCGGCGGCAGCGCCACUCCCGUGUACCCCUCGACUACUGCCGAGCUCGUCUCGUACCUCCAAGACAGCCAGCCCCGCGUCAUCAUGUUGAACAAAGAGUUUAACUUCAUUGGAACCGCUGGUAGGACCACCGCGACUGGUUGUGCUCCCUGGGGCACCGGCUCAGCGUGCCAGCUCGCCAUCAACGCCAACAACUGGUGUAACGGACAAGGCGGCUCAGUCUCUGUCAACUACGACAACGCCGCGAUAUCAGCGAUAACUUUGGGGUCCAAUAAAUCACUUAUUGGUGUCGGCAACAAGGGGGUCAUUCGCGGAAAGGGCCUGCGUAUGGUCAGCGGUGCCAAGAAUAUCAUCAUCCAGAACAUUCACAUUACUGAGCUAAACCCCCAGUAUGUCUGGGGAGGUGAUGCCAUCACCUUCAACGGCUGUGACUUGGUCUGGAUCGAUCAUGUGACAACUUCGCUCAUUGGUCGACAGCACUACGUUGCUGGUUACGAGUCCAGCGGCCGCAUCACCAUCUCCAACAGCAAAAUCGACGGCACCACUUCUUGGUCCGCUUCUUGCGACGGCCACCACUACUGGACGGCUCUUUUCAUCGGCUCUGGAGACUUGAUCACGUUCAAGAACAACUAUAUCUAUCGGACUUCAGGCCGUGCCCCCAAGCUCGGCGGCAACACUCUUUUCCACGCCGUUAACAAUUAUUGGUACGACAACACUGGCCAUGCUUUCGAUAUUGACAGUGGCGGCAUGGUCAUGGCCGAAGGCAAUGUUUUCCAGAAUGUCAAGGCGUCUGUGAACUCUGGCCGAGCUGGCCAACUCUUUGGUAGCCCCGACAGCAGCACCAACACCAAGUGUGCUAGCUACCUCGGACACAACUGCCAGGUUAACGCUUAUGGUAGUUCCCCUGCCUUGGGCGGCACUGAUACCAACUUCUUUACCAACUUCCAGGGCAAGAACAUUGCUAGUGCGUCUACUGCCGAAAGUGCCAAGAAUGUUGCCAACACUGCCGGAUUUGGAAAGAUAUAA